CUGGGGUGCCUGGAGGCUUCUGCUUCUGGAAGCUUGGAUUGACAGCCUGGCUUGCAGUCUCUUUAGUCGUGAAAUAAAAGCUGAGGGUCCUUGAGCCCUGGGCCAGGGCAUCAGGAGCAGGCCUCCCAGCCCUGGGCUGAGGAGCGUUGAAGGAGGAGCAGCCGUCUGACCGCUCGUGGUCCCCAGGUUCCUGUGGCGGCACUGCCAGGCCCCAGGCCACCUUGUCAACCUCCGUAUCAUGGAGCCUCCUGGUGAGAAGCCAGGAGAGGCUGAGGGGCUGCGCAUCACACCCCAGCUGCUGAAGUCCCGCACGGGCGAGUUUGCUCUGGAGUCCAUUCUGUUGCUGAAGCUGCGAGACUUGGGGCUGGUGGACCUGGGCUGCCUGGGCGAGUGCCUGGCCCUCGAGUGGCUGGACCUGUCAGGCAACGCCCUCACCCAGCUGGGCCCGCUGGCCGCCUUGCACCAGCUGGCCGUGCUCAAUGUCUCCAACAACCGGCUGACGGGGCUGGAGCCCCUGGCGGCCUGUGAAAACCUGCAGAGUCUCAAUGCAGCGGGCAACCUGCUGGCCACGCCGGGCCAGCUGCAGUGUCUGGCUGGGCUCCAGGGCCUCCAGCACCUGCGGCUCCAGGACCCACUGGCCCGACUCAGCAACCCGCUGUGUGCCAGCCCCUCCUACCAUUCUGCGGUCCGAGAGCUGCUGCCUGGCCUGAAGGUCCUAGACGGGGAGCGCGUGAGCGGGCGCGGCAGUGAGUUCUACCAGCUGUGCCGAGACCUGGACAGCUCCCUGCGCCCCAGCUCCAGCCCAGGCCCCCGAGCCUCGGAGGCCCAGCCCUGGGUGGAGCCUGGGUACUGGGAGAGCUGGCCCACCCGGAGCAGCUCCAUCCUGGAGGAGGCCUGCCGGCAGUUCCAGGACACGCUGCAGGAGUGCCUCGACCUGGACCGCCAGGCCAGUGACCGCCUCGCGCGGGCCCAGCAGACGCUCAGCCCUGCUGGGGCCGCGUCUUCCUUUGUCUUCUGAAUGCAGCCCAGGCCCAGGGAGCCCGGCACUUCCCUGCCUCUGCAC